AUGGCUUAUUUUAACGAAGAUCCAAACUAUCCGGAAUCUAUUCAGACUCCUCUGAUGGUAUGGGACGAUGAGUGGACGGCUACCAAUUACACGCUAACAUCAUGCACAGAAGGAGUUAUGUGCGUUUGUGAUGCCGGUUAUGAAUAUAAUGGAUCAAAUUGUACAAACAUAGAUGAAUGCAGUAUUGGGACCGAUUCAUGUAAAACAGCACCUGCCUGCUCUGAUACUGAUGGGGCAUAUACUUGUUCGUAUGAUAGCGAAUGUGGAUGUGAGCAUACCUGCUUAAAUAACAGCGAAUCAUACGAAUGCAGCUGCAACAAUGGAUUUACUUUGCAAGACGAUCAUACCUGUACAGUUCAAUGGCUGUACUUGGAAGGUGAUGACACUUAUGCACACCCUAAUUCGUUUAACAUUUUUGGUGUAUAUGUGUUACAACAGGAAACCUUUGCUGAUAGCCCAGUGUAUAAACAUAAAGAUGUUGCUAAUUAUCUGUAUUAUUGGCCUGGGUUUAAUUCGUGGUAUAUAAGUCAAACUGUAGGAGCCGCCGCUAUCACGGGUUAUUUUUACGAAGGUCCAAAGUAUCCGGAAUCUAUACAGACUCCUCUGUAUGUAGCUGGCAACGACAACGCGUGGACGCUUUCUCAUUACACGCUAACAUCAUGUACAGAAGGGUCAGUGUGCUUUUGUUAUGCCGGUUAUGAAUGGGAUGGAGCAAAUUGUACUGACAUAGAUGAAUGCGCUUUGGGGACCGAUUUAUGUGAUGAAGGAUCUAACUGUACUAAUACUAAUGGGGCAUACACAUGUUCUUGUGACGAAGGCUAUGAAUGGGAUGGCCUUAAUUGUACUAAUAUCGAUGAAUGCUUAAUUGGGGCCGAUUUAUGUGAUGAUGAAGGAUCGAUCUGUACAGAUACCGAGGGGUCAUAUACGUGUUCAUGUGAUGGUGGUUAUGAAGGGGAUGGAUCAAGUUGUGUUGACAUAGAUGAAUGCGCUUUGGGGACCGAUUUAUGUGAUGUAGGAUCUACCUGUACUAAUACUAAUGGGGCAUAUACAUGUUCAUGUGAUGAGGGUCUUGAAUGGGGUGGCUCAAGUUGUGUUGACAUAGAUGAAUGCGCUUUGGGGACCGAUUUAUGUGAUGUAGGAUCUACCUGUACUAAUACUAAUGGGGCAUAUACAUGUUCAUGUGAUGAGGGUCUUGAAUGGGGUGGCUCAAGUUGUGUUGACAUAGAUGAAUGCGCUUUGGGGACCGAUUCAUGUGAUGUAGGAUCUACCUGUACUAAUACUAAUGGGGCAUAUACAUGUUCAUGUGAUGAAGGUCUUGAAUGGGGUGGCUCAAGUUGUGUUGACAUUGAUGAAUGCGCUUUGGGGACCGAUUCAUGUGAUGUAGGAUCUACCUGUACUAAUACUAAUGGGGCAUAUACAUGUUCAUGUGAUGAGGGUCUUGAAUGGGAUGGCUCAAGUUGUGUUGACAUAGAUGAAUGCGCUUUGGGGACCGAUUCAUGUGAUGUAGGAUCUACCUGUACUAAUACUAAUGGGGCAUAUACAUGUUCAUGUGAUGAGGGUCUUGAAUGGGGUGGCUCAAGUUGUGUUGACAUAGAUGAAUGCGCUUUGGGGACCGAUUCAUGUGAUGUAGGAUCUACCUGUACUAAUACUAAUGGGGCAUAUACAUGUUCAUGUGAUGAAGGUCUUGAAUGGGGUGGCUCAAGUUGUGUUGACAUAGAUGAAUGCGCUUUGGGGACCGAUUCAUGUGAUGUAGGAUCUACCUGUACUAAUACUAAUGGGGCAUAUACAUGUUCAUGUGAUGAGGGUCUUGAAUGGGGUGGCUCAAGUUGUGUUGACAUAGAUGAAUGCGCUUUGGGGACCGAUUUAUGUGAUGAAGGAUCUACCUGUACUAAUACUAAUGGGGCAUAUUCAUGUUCAUGUGAUGAAGGUCUUGGAUGGGAUGGUUUUUAUUGCACAUCUGCUGAUGAAACAGCGAAUAAUGAUACCACCACAGAAGUUGCUGGUACCACUGGCGCUGGAAUUACCACGGAAGCUGCUAGCACCACUGACGCUGGUACCACGGAAGUUGCUGGAACCACUGACGCUGGUACCACGGAAGUUGCUGGCACCACUGACGUUGGUACAACAGAAGCUAUUGGCACCAUUGAUACUGGUACCACUGAAACUGCUGGCACCACCGACGCUGGUACCACUGAAGCUGCUGGCACUACUGGCGCUGGUACCACGGAAGUAGCUGGCAGUAAUGACACUGCUACCACGGAAGUUGCUGGCACGAAUGGCACUGCUACUACGGAAGUUGCUGGCACCACUGACGCUUCUACAACCACGGUGGUACCUGUAAGCACUACGGGAUCAGGAGCCAAUAGCUCACAAAUAUCAGGGGGUUCCAUAGCCUCAAUUCUAAAUGGAUUGUUUUCCCUACCAAUUGACUCAGUGAUAUCGGGCACCAAGGCACAUUUAGACACAGGAAUAGACCCGAAUUCAAAGGCUUUCCCAGGAAUUGGUACUGAAAAUGAAAAGUGUGUGAAGUACAGUGCCUUAAGUUUUGCUGAUUAUUGGUGCAAAGAUAGUUUGAAUCGAUGGAAUAGUGCUAUAAAUAGCAGCUUUGCACUGCAGCAUGUUCUCCCCACUUACUCCAGUAUUGUGACAGAUUCUAUGAGCGAAUCAGAAGCUAAAGAAGCUCUAAUUAAUGCAGUGGUCGAUUACUUUGGUGAAAUACUUUGUAGAAGAACGGUAUACUUGGAUUCGACUGAUGGCUCUGCGGCUCCAUAUGCCUCAUAUGUGGCAUGUGUACGUGAUGUAAUGACUGAAGCAAAUAACUGUGAUGAAGCGAAUGCAUCCACUAAAUUAAUGUUGGAUAACUUAAUUGGAAAAGCGGAAUUUGCCUGCAACAGCGAUGGCACCACAAAAACAGUUGUGCGAGAGGCAAUGGCUUAUGUAUACCCAUUUUUCUACCACAAUGGUAGUGACCUGACUGCACUUGUUCAGCAAAAAGGGGUUGAAUUGCCAGCAUGUUUCGAAGAUCUUGAAACUUUAAAUAAUCAGUAUGAAGAAUGUAUUCCUGACAUUUACAGUAGUGGGGAAAUAUUCUCGAUUGCUGCCCUUGGACAAUCUGCUAGUGAUUCCAUUCCAAAGAACAGUAGGGCAUUCAAGAGGAUGGCUUCAUGUUUAGAAAAUGUAGUCUUACCAGACUCUGGUAGUACAACAUUCACAACUGAGUGCAAAAGUUUUGGAGUGAGCUUGAAGAAAUAUUUAGCGUUGGCUUAUCCUGUACAAUAUGGAUUUGAAUCGCAAGAGGACUUGGAAAAUAUAGCAUAUACACCACGUUCAAUUGAAAGAAGAACUCUGUGGUGUUUUGGCGACCCGCAUUGCAAGUUCUACGAUCCUGAUGAAAGCCAGGACUCUGAUUGGAUAACAUGUUCUGCACCAGGAAACCAAGUCUGGCUGAAGAAUGCACUGUUCACGCUAAAUAUGACAACUAGUGAGGUUUCUGGAAGCACUGGAGAUCCAAAGCCUACCAUAAUGACUGGGUUCCACAUUGCAUUCAGAUCAUCAUUGGGUGCCUAUAUGGGUUCAUACAGUGCCAGUGGUGGAGUCUUACCAACAGCCUUUGAUGGGUCGGGAUCAGAUUUACUCACAGCAGCAGGGGAGGAUGGGAGCGAUGAGGUAAUAAAUGUUGUGGACGCUCAAUCAAGAACACUUCCCGAUGUCAACUAUGUACUGAUUCAGGGUGUGCAGCACGGUUUUCUUGCAUCAUUUGUGAAACGAAAUGAUAGCUAUCCUGUGGUGGUAUUACGAAUCUCCAAAUCACUCCUGGACGUAUCAUCUGGUAUGUUUAUCACUGGGUGCCCUGAGGAUCAAAUCAUUGGUAAUUCAGAAAAGAGACGCAGGCGUAGAAAGCGUCAAACUAGUUGCGUAGACGCAUGUAGUGGAGAAGGAGAGAGACAAAGCAACUGUGAAUUUGAUUGUGAUACUGUUGGACCCGAGUAUGCGCAAGCAGCGUCUAGUGCAGCUGUAGUAAUUGAGCAGGAGGCUGUAGAAGAGGACAGUACCCUGGUUGAUCCAGUAGAAUGGGCUAAUCAAAACAAUAACGGUGGUACAGAUGUCACGGCUUGUGUAAUACUGAUGGCUGUAACACUGCUGAUUCAUCUUUACUAG